GUUUUUACAGCAGAAAUAAAAGCCAUAUUGAUAUCUCUACAAUCAAUAACCCAAUCCGCUCACAAAAAGUGGGUGAUAUACACUGACUCAAAGAGUUCAGUGGAAGCAAUCACCCACUGCAACAAUAACAGCCAUCCCAUAGUCAUUCAGUCUUAUCAUUUAUACAAAAGUCUUACACAAAAUAAUUUUCAUGUACUCUUUUGCUGGAUCCCUGGUCACGUAGGCAUUGCCGGCAAUGAAGCCGCUGAUUCAGCUGCCAAAGACGCAAAUAUCCUAAAAGACUUGCUGGGGGACCCACCCCAUCCCAAUAUAUACUCCUUCCUCCGGGAGAUUGGAGUAUUGAACUGUUUAUUUUUUGAUUUAGGAGAGUUAGUUGAUUUAGGGCUGGUUAUUGUGUUAAUUUGA